ACGAGUGGUGCAAGAAGUGUACGUAGAGUCUGCCAACAAAGACGAAAUCCAGUUCCAGCACACACAGCACCACUACAACCAAUUAUGACACGGCGACCAGGAGAGAUUGUAACUAUGGACAUCGUAGAAUAUCCAUUAAGUCCUCGGGGAUAUCGCUUCUGCCUCGUAAUGAUUGACCAUUUUACGAAAUGGUUGGAAGUAUUCCCCCUAAGGAAUCAGAAAGCAGAAACUGUGGCAAAAAAGGUGUUUGAUGGGUGGAUUCCAAGACAUGGCACCCCAGAGCAACUUCACCAUGAUCAGGGAAAGAAUCUAUCGGCAAAAAUGAUUCAAGAAGUCUGUAACUUCCUGGAAGUUUGGAAUACGCGCACUACACCAUUCCAUCCCCAAUCAGAUGGCGCUUCGGAGAGAAGUAUCCGCACGUUGAACAACAUGUUAGCAAAAGUAGUUGCAGAUGACCAAAGAAACGUAUCUUCGUCAUGUUUUGCGUACAACACUGCGGUACAUAGCAUUUAG